GGGCAAGCUCGGGGAAGCCGGGCUGGCGGCGACGGCCGGACCGGCGCGCACUCUCGGGAUGGAGGGCGAGUGCCGGGCGUCUCAGGCGCGCUCCUGGGGCCUCCCGGCUGGGGGCGCCGGCGGGGAGAGCCCGGGGGGUGACGCCCCCCUCCCCGGCAGCAUCAGCUCCUCCGCCCUGCUGCAGGCCGAGGUGCUGGAUCUGGACGAGGACGAGGACGACCUGGAGGUGUUCUGUAAGGAUGCCUCAUUGAUGGACAUGAAUUCCUUCAGCCCUCUGAUGCCGACAUCCCCUUUAUCAAUGAUAAACCAAGUCAAGUUUGAAGAUGAGCCAGAUUUGAAAGAUCUUUUUAUUACAGUUGAUGAACCUGAAAGCCAUGUUACUACAAUUGAAACUUUUAUUACUUAUAGGAUUAUUACUAAGACAUCUCGUGGGGAAUUUGACUCCAGUGAAUUUGAAGUUAGGAGACGUUAUCAAGAUUUCCUUUGGUUGAAAGAAAAACUUGAAGAAGCGCACCCAACUCUGGUUAUUCCACCAUUGCCGGAAAAGUUCAUAGUGAAAGGAAUGGUGGAGCGCUUUAAUGAUGACUUCAUUGAGACACGAAGGAAGGCGCUGCACAGGUUUCUGAACCGAGUCGCUGACCAUCCAACUCUAACAUUUAAUGAAGACUUUAAAAUUUUUCUUACUGCACAAGCUUGGGAAUUUUCUUCUCACAAGAAGCAAGGGCCUGGAUUACUCAGCAGGAUGGGACAGUCAGUCAGAGCGGUUGCAUUGUCAAUGAGAGGAGUUAAAAGUCGCCCCAAGGAGUUCAUGGAAAUGAAUAACUUCAUUGAAAUAUUUAGCCAGAAAAUAAAUUUGAUAGAUAAAAUAUCUCAGAGAAUCUACAAGGAAGAACGGGAAUAUUUAGAUGAAAUGAAAGAAUAUGGUCCAAUUCAUAUUCUGUGGUCGGCAUCGGAAGACGAUCUGGCUGAUACUCUAAAAAGUGUUGCCAGCUGCAUUGACAAAUGCUGUAAGGCCAGUGAAAAACGGAUGUCUGGAUUCUCAGAGGCCCUGCUACCUGUAGUACAUGAGUAUGUGCUUUAUAGUGAAAUGUUAAUGGCUGUCAUGAAAAGAAGAGACCAAAUACAGGCAGAACUGGAUUCCAAAGUUGAAGCUUUGACGUCCAAAAAGGCAGAUACUGAUCUGCUUACAGAAGAGAUUGGAAAACUGGAAGAUAAAGUGGAGUGCGCUAACAAUGCCCUGAAAGCAGAUUGGGAAAGAUGGAAACAAAACAUGCAAAAUGAUAUCAAGUCAGCGUUUACAAAUAUGGCUGAGGAAAACAUCCUCUAUUAUGAACAGCAAGAUGUUUCCUUCACUGAGCUUUGAAUGGGUCUUAUGAAGAAUAUUUUCAAGUGGUGCCUGCAUUUUGACUUUACAAGGCCAUCAUUACUGACUUUACAAGAGCUUCUGUGGAUAUAUGUUGCCCUAUCACCAACUUUGCUGGCGAUUUAAAUUCAGCACUAAAUUGGCUCCAAGAAUGUUAACCAACGAAUUUGGAUAGCACAGUUUCUGACAUCUUAUCUAGGGGAAAUCUCAGCUGUUCCCUUGCAGAAAUAAGUUUGGAGCAGGGCUGCAAUGCAACCUGAAUUACAGGGCAGAUGAACCAGCUACAAAUGGACAUUCUACCACCACAUGUUCCGUUCCAGAGAAGGAUGCAAUCAGUUCAAGCUGUUUUUGACUGAUGGUUCAGAUCAUGGUCUUGUAAACAGGUCUGAAAAUAGCUGCUUUUUAAAGACUGAAAAUUCCUGUAAUUAGGGUAUGCCUUAAAAAUUAACCCUAAAAAAAAAAUAAAGA